GUUGAUUUUGUUGUUUUUAGUUUUUUUGUACAUUCUUUUAAUAUUUAGUUUUACUAUUGUUUAUUUAUUUAUUUGACAAAAAUGGCGCUUUUCAAAGUCACCAAAACUGUCGAAGAGGCAAUACACAGUGGUGGGGGCCCGUACGUUGAACCCCCGGGCCCGUAUUUUCUCUCUGCGGCCCUGCUAGUCACGUACCCAGGGCAAAUUCCUACGUGCCAGUUCUGCACGAAGAAGCUGCACCUCGGAAAACCUUGCGUAGAAACUGUUAAGGAAAACUUAACCAAUCCAACUGAAAUCAGCCCAGAACCAUCUUACGCUAAACCACUAACAGCUGCAAAACCAACAUCUUCGGAUCAAGCACCAACAACCAGCAACAACAACAACGAAACGAAUGCCGAAAAAUACGAACAUGCAAUGACGACCGAUAAGAGUAAGACACAAACUGGAACAUCUGACCGCGAGCAGCAGGAAAGUAGUACGGAUGAGGACAUGGACAUGAACGACAACGCAAAAGAAGACAAACGGAUCGAACCUCAAAUGGCAGUGGACAACACUGGCAAGAAAAAGGAUCUCAACACGCAGCAGAAAGCUGCGUCUAAACGAGACAAAAAACUUAACAUAGUUGUUUUUUUUUAUUUAUUGUAAAAAACGAACAAUGGGCCUCGUUGAGCUACCGCAUUUGGGCCUAAAUAAAUU